CGCCAAAACAUAAUCAUCUUCUCCGGAGCGCAGAGUGCUGCAGGCAAGGACACUCGAGCAAAAAAGGAAGCAACAAAAAAACUAGCCAUACAUUCCUGAUAGUGGCCACUAUCAGUGCUCGUCAUUAGGCGUUUGAUUUUGCGAAUUCCAAAUCUCUUUGCUGGUGUUUCGCGUUUAAUUUUAGUUUGGUGAUUUUUUUUUCUUGUGCUUUUUUUUAUUUAUUUCGUCUGCCGUGGGCAAGAGAAAAGUGUUAGUAGGUGUGUAGCGUGAUUCGAUCAAUUCGCGAAUUUGGGAAGCUGAUUGUGAUUGUGGAAGGUGAAGGUUGAUAAAUUGGCGGCAGUGUUGGUGGAUCUCGGUGAAACAGUGACACAGUGUCCCAAAGGUCGUAGAUUUGCAAAAUCGGUAGAACUAGACAUUAUCAACUACUACUGUCAGCUGUUGAGCGGUGAAAUUCCAUGAUGUCAGCCAACAACAGCGUCGAUCUGUUGGAGGACGGCGCCUUCGCCUCCAGCAAAAACAGUUGGAAUCGCUACUACCAUAACAGCGUUGUCCAGCCACUGCUUACAGAUCUCUAUCAGAUUACGAUGGCGUACGCCUAUUGGAAGUCCGGCAAAAUUGACGACCACGCGGUGUUUGAUCUCUUCUUCCGAUCGAACCCCUUCCACGGCGAGUUUACGAUUUUUGCCGGAUUGGAGGAAUGUCUUAAAUUUAUGGAAAAUUUCCACUAUUCGGAAACGGAUAUCCAAUACCUGAAGCAUGCCCUGCCGCAAGGAAUUGAGGAGGAAUUUUUCGAAUACUUGGGCCAGCUAACUGCAAAAGAUAUCACACUGUACGCCAUCAAGGAGGGUUCGGUUGCAUUUCCAAGAGUCCCGCUCAUCAAAGUGGCUGGUCCACUGAUUAUUGCGCAAUUGUUGGAAACGACCCUGUUGACCUUAGUAAAUUACGCUAGCUUGAUGGCCACCAACGCGGCCCGGUAUCGCAUGGUUGCCGGGCGGCACAUCAAUCUGCUCGAGUUUGGCCUCCGACGAGCUCAAGGGCCUGACGGAGGUCUUUCCGCAUCCAAGUACGCCUACAUCGGUGGUUUCGAUGGAACGUCCAACGUGCUGGCAGGCAAACUUUUCAACAUUCCGGUGAAGGGUACCCACGCCCACGCGUACAUCACCUCCUUUACCGGCAUCGAAGAGCUGAAGACACGUGUACUGGCGCACAAGGAAACCGGGGACAAACGCGACCUGCUGGAACUGGCCAUCCAGCACCGGAUUCAGCUGUCCAAGAUCCUGGACAUUUCAACGAGCGAAUCGAGCGAGGGCGAACUGGCCGCGAUGGUUUCCUUUGCGAUUGCCUUCCCCGACGGCUUUAUGGCACUAGUCGACACGUACGAUGUUAAGAGCGAAAAGAACGACACAAAAAGUACGCUCCCAGGUGACAACAGUUGUUUGCUAGAUACGUCCAACUGUGACCCAUGUUGUCCCCUGAUCGGUUUCGACUCUAACCAGACGACGACUGCGACGACGACAAUGGUGACCGACGAACUCGACGCCGACACGGCCCCGGCCGAAGACGGCACCGAGGCACAGUCAACCGAACCGAACGAAACGGAAGAGCAGGAAGACUCUGGUGGUCCAAUCGAUAGUAGUACUUGUUAUUAUUGUUCUGGUGGCAUGGCACGUGUUAACGACUACUGUGAGAACGGUAAUCUUCAGCAGGGUGAUGAUACUAAUGAAAAUGAUGAUGCUGCUAGUGCUACCAGCCCACCAGAGGCUACCGAUGCCACCGGCGCCGAGAAUGAAGGUGACACGGCCGUCGAUGAUGAUGGAGGACUGUCCAAUGGGAACGGGAUGUCUACCGAGAACGGCAACGGGAAUGAGGACGAUGAGAUGACGCCGCUGCCGAUGUGUGCCAACUGUGAGGCCAACGCACGAAAUGCCAGAGGCUGCGUCGUCCGUCAUCUCAAGUCUGUCGGGAAGUGCUUCAGGAGCGGCUUGUUGAACUUUUGCGCCGUGGCAUUGGCCCUCAACGACCAGGGCUACCGGGCGGUGGGAAUCCGCAUCGAUUCCGGCGACUUGGCCUACCUGAGCUGCCUGUCACGGGAAACCUUCGAGCGGAUCAGCGAGCGCUUCAAGCUGCCGUGGUUCAGCAAACUGACCAUCGUGGCGUCGAACGACAUCAAUGAGGAGACGAUUCUGAGCUUGAACGAGCAGGGCCACAAGAUCGAUUGCUUCGGAAUUGGAACCCAUUUGGUGACCUGUCAGCGACAGCCGGCCCUCGGAUGCGUCUACAAGAUGGUGGAAAUCAAUACUCAGCCGCGGAUCAAGUUGAGCCAGGACGUCGGCAAGGUGACGAUGCCGGGCAACAAGAACGUUUUCCGCCUGUACGGUGCCGAUGGGCACGCUCUGAUCGAUUUGCUUCAGCGGGUAGACGAAAGCCCUCCGGAAGUUGGCCAGAAGGUGCUCUGCCGCCAUCCAUUCCAAGAAUCGAAGCGAGCCUACGUCAUUCCCACGCACGUCGAGGCCCUGUACGACGUGUACUGGGCCGACGGGCGAGUGACGCAGGCGAUGCCCUCGCUGGAUGAGGUGCGCGACCGUGUGCAGAACUCGCUCAAGACGCUCCGGCAGGAUCACAAGCGUACGCUGAAUCCAACGCCGUACAAGGUCGCCGUGAGUGAUAAUUUGUACAACUUCAUCCAUGACCUCUGGUUACAGAACGCUCCGAUCGGGGAACUGUCAUGAUAAGCUGGUACGUGCAACGAAUUACCGAGGCAACUCUGUCCCGUUUUAGUCAUUCUCAAUAUCCAGUACACACUAACUUUGUAUUUGAGUAAUAUAUUUGUUAUGCAUCGCAUUCAAAAUGCGACGGGUUUUUAAGCUUCUCAGUGUGAAGUCAAAACCAUAAAAUUUUACAAUUUGUUAAAACAGAAACGUAAGUUAUUACGUGCACAAACCGAGUGCUGAACCAACCAAUAUCGAUGGAGGUGAUUUUUGCAGGAUAGUUAACAGGCUAACGAGUGAUGAGGCGGCAAUGGAUCAAAGACGGUGGCUAUUUUGGAGGAGGUAUUUUGGAGCAAAGAAUGGAAAGCGCAGAAAAGAAGCAAUUCCGAAUGGAAGCUUAUUUUUAGAAAUGAAUCACUAUUCCUACACGGAGACAGAUUUAGAUCAUUCCGAACACAAACUGCAAGCCGUUCAAUAUUGUUGAUUACAGAGAUAGUCAUAGAGUGCACAGAAAGUACAACCGAAUUAAAGCGUAGUAUUUAUUUGUCCUCUGGGUUAGAAUCCUAGAGUUGUUUUUUUAUUCGAAAUUGCAAAUCCAGUGUCAUUUACAAAAGUUUAGUAACAAUUUUCAUAUACCAAUCAUGCAAAUACAAAUAGCUAUACAAAUUGAACCUUUCAGGAAUUUGAUUCAAUUUUAAAACACAAGUAAUGUGCCUUAAAGAGGGUUCACCUGAGUAAAAGUCAUACACACA